UGUAGUGUGCUGUCAACUGUCAGUGCGACAUUGACAAGUUCAUGAAAAAUAAAAUGGAAAAUCAAAAUUCGUAAAAUUCAAUUGUUUUUAUUAACUACUUGCUGAUUUCAAUUCUUAACUGAAUUCAAUAAAAAAAGAAAGUAAUGUCUAUCUCACCAUUUCUCCGGAAUCCGUUCACCGACCUCACCGGUGGGCUGGUGUCUCAUCAGAUGUUGGGUUCAUGUCAGAAGCAUGAGAUUCGCUUCAUGGAUUGUCUGGAGGCAUACGGUCUUGACCGCGGCAAGGUGAAGUGUGUGGACUUAUUUGAGGACUUCCAUGAGUGUCAAACCAAGACUAAGCAAUUUAAAAGAUUUAUGGCAAUGAGAAAGGAAAGGGAUCGCCAGAUCUCCGAAGGAAAGCUUAAGGGAGAUGGACAAUAUUUGAAUCCAAAAGUAGACAGUUUCUAAAUCAUGUAAAUUAUGUAGAUAAUAUAGAAUCUUAACAUUCAAAA